AUGUCCGAGAAAUACGGAAGACCAGCUCAACCACCUCCUUCGUAUGCACCCGACAACGCCGGAGAGCCAGGAAAUGAACAGGGUCAGCCUAGUGGGGGACAGCAACAGGACUACCAAUUCAGACAGGACCAGUAUUAUAACUUGAACUCGAAGUCCGACGGUGCCCCCAUUGGGUCUUUCGAGGAAAGCUUCCCCACGGAAAACAACAAGAAGUUCAGACUCAAUGACUGGCCGUUCACAAUUUUCUUUCUGGCAACGGUGUGCGGGUUUAUCGCCAUUGCCAGUAUCACCUUGAGAUCGUGGGCACAAACUUACUCGGCCAAUGGGUCUGGUAUCUACGAUGCUGCUGACACUGGAACCAUGAACACCAAUUCUGCCAUUUUGCUGGUGUUUUCAUGCAUAAUUGCAUUGGUUUUCGCUAUUCUGGGUCUUGGUUUGAUGCGUGCGUCUCCCAAAUGGUUUAUUUACUGCGGAAUGGUUGUCAAUAUUGUCACGGGGCUCGGAACCGCUAUAGCUUACUUGGCAAUGAGAUACUGGUCGGCGGGAAUUGUAUUUUUGGUUUUCACACUGAUCACAGCUUGGUGCUACUGGGGUAUGCGGUCGAGAAUUCCACUCAGCGUUGCCAUCCUCAAAACCGUGGUCGACGUGAUGAAGAGACAUCCACAAACCUACUUGAUUUCUCUUUUUGGCUCAAUCGUGGCAAGCGCGUUUGCAGUUCUGUUCUCGUCCGUCAUUGUGGCCACUUAUAUCAAAUAUGACCCCAAGAGUAACAAUCCUGGCUGCUCAGCUAGUGGUGGAUCGUGCUCCAACUCCAAGCUCAUUGGUAUUUUGGUCUUUGUCUUUUUUUGCGGGUAUUACAUUUCCGAGGUCAUCAAAAAUGUCAUUCACUGUACCGUUUCCGGUAUUUACGGGUGCUGGUACUAUAUGUCGAAAUCUGAUCAAGGAAUGCCCCGGUGGCCAGGUUUCGGCUCCCUCAAGAGAGCGCUCACCAUAUCUUUUGGUUCAAUUUGCUUCGGUUCUCUGAUCGUUGCCUUGAUCGAAACUACAAAGCAAGUGUUCCAAAUGAUAAGAAACGGUCAAAUUACUGACAUUGCUGAUUCCCAGUGGGCGCGGAUCAUAUUCUUUGUUAUCGACUGGAUCAUUGGAUUCCUGCAAUGGUUGGCCACUUAUUUCAAUCAUUACGCCUACUGCUUCAUUGCACUAUACGGAAAGCCUUACCUCAGAGCUGCAAAGGAAACUUGGUACAUGCUUAGAGAGAAGGGAAUGGACGCUCUUAUCAAUGAUAACUUGAUUGGCAUUGCCUUGGGAUUUUAUUCUCUGUUUGCAAGUUACAUGGCGACUUUGUUCGCGUACUUGUACCUCAGGUUCACCAAUCCUAGCUAUAAUUCUUCUCACGGCUUCAACGUCCCGCUAAUGGCAUUUUCGUUUGUCAUCGCUUUGCAAAUUUGCAGUAUUGCAACUGAAACUAUUCGUUCGGGUACCGCUACAUUUUUCGUUGCUUUGGGGAAUGAUCCUGAGGUUUUCCGCGUGUCAUACCCACGGAGAUUUGAUGAGAUCUUCAGAGCGUAUCCCGAUGUUUUGAAGAAACUCAGCCAUCAAAACGUCUAA